UAAACUCCCGUCGGGCACGCGGAGCCGCCGGUGGAAAGGGAGCGCUGCCGUGGGGCGUCGCGGAAGAUGCCGCGGGGGUUCCUCGUUAAGCGGAGCAGGAGACCGGGGGGCUCUUACCGGGUGCGCCCUCCUCCGGGACUGCCCCCCGCGCCCUGCCCCGCGGAGGAGACGCCCCGCGUCCCGGCGCCUUCGCCCGAGCCUCCUCCGCAGCAACAGCUGCUGCCUCAGCCCAACGCCUCGCUGGCGGCCGUGUGGGGCGCAGGCACCUCGGACAGCGCCGCCGCCGCCUCAGCCGCCGGAGAGUCUCAGCGCUGCGCGCGCUCUCCCGCCUCGGCGGAGUCCUUCCCUGCGGGGCCCGCCUUGGCCGCGGCGGAGAAGCUGCCACUGCUUCCUCGCACGCCGCUGCCGCCGCUGCCGCUCUCUCUGCCGGCCACGUCGGCGCCGCCGCCGCUUUACCCGGCGCUCAAGCGGGCGCCCCGCGCCAAGGCGCCUCCGGCCAAGAAGCCCAAGGCCGUGCGCAAGCUGAGCUUCGCCGACGAGGUGACCACGUCGCCCGUGCUGGGCUUGCGGAUCAAGGCGGCGUCGGAGGGGGCGUCGGAGGGGCCCCGCGGGGCAGGCCCGCCGCUGCUGGGCGAGUUCGUGUGCCAGCUGUGCAAGGAGCCCUACGCCGACCCUCUGGCGCUGGCGCAGCACCGCUGCUCGCGGAUCGUGCGCGUCGAGUACCGCUGCCCCGAGUGCCACAAGAUCUUCAGCUGCCCGGCCAACCUGGCCUCGCACCGCCGCUGGCACAAGCCGCGCCCGCCCUCGGCGCCCGGCCCCGCCCAGGACAAAGAGAACAGCCGCGGCCAGGCCGGACCAGAUCAGCACCACGGCGCCGCGGACAGCUCCUGCUGCCGGGACCCGCCGCCGCCGCCGUCCCGAGCCGCCCAGCAGCAGCAGCAGCAGCUCUGCCCGGGCGGCGAAGCGGUCGCCGCCGACGGCUCCAGCCUGGGCGCGCCUGGCGGCGAGCUCUUCCUGUGCCCCUAUUGCCACAAGACCUUUCGGCGCCAGGCGUACCUGCGGAAGCACCUGGGCACCCACCAGGCCCCCGGGGCGCUGGGCUACGGCGGGAACCCGCCGCCUGCGCAGCAGAUCACGUUCCCGUGCCACUUGUGCGGGGCGCACUUCCCAUCGGCGGACAUCCGGGACAAGCACCGACUGUGGCACGCCGUGCGGGAGGAGCUGCUGCUGCCCCUGGGGCAGCCCGAGGGCAGCGUGGCGCACGGCGAGCAGCAGAUCUUCUCCUGCAAACAUUGCCCCUCGACUUUCUUCAGCUCGCCCGGCCUCACUCGGCACAUCAACAAGUGCCACCCGUCGGAGAACAGGCAGGUGCUCCUGUUGCAGAUGCCUGUCAGGCCGGGCUGCUAGAUGGGGGGUGGUGCGCAAGUGAGGGGGUAUGUGUCACCGACUCGAACCGCUUCUUUACCAGACUUGAACUAUGAAAUUCCCAGAUGCUCAGACUGACCGAUUCUCCAGUUAGCGGGAACCGAUUUAUACGAUAGAAUUCUUUCGCCCCCUAAGCCUUGAUCCUCAAUUCCUGAUGGUGGACACCCGAACGAAUCCUAUCCGAACUGUAAUUCCUAUGGAAAAUCGCAGUGCAUAGCCCAAGGAAAUCACCAGACUUUAGAAGUACGUCAUGCCAAACGUUUUUAAUGUACGAACACAAAUUAGCCUUACUGCCUUAUGAAAGGGUAGAGUGCACUGUAUAUUCUGUGAAUCCAGUUUCCACUUACAGUACUUAAAACUUGUCACUUCAACAAAGCUAAAGGGAAAGCGAGCCAACCGUCUAUUUGAGGCGGAAUAGAAAUCACCCCUUCCACUACUGAAAAAUGUGACAUUGCUUUAAGUGUGGGUGUGGGGUGGAGAGACAUUUUUCUGUGUACUCGAAAUACUAUAGCCAAACCUAGAGCCAUCUGUGUGCCUGCCUGCGAGUAAAAGCUGUCUAGGGAAAAUGGGGGCCUGAACCCAUUCCGGUCACUCCUGUCCCUAGGAUCAAAGUACAUUCCGACAUUGUAUUUAACAAAAAAAUAUUAAGUCUCCAGGAGGAGAACUAGUUAGCCCUCAUACUUAAUUAGUGGAAUCUGCCUCUCCAGCCUCUGAGGGUUUAAAGAGUUUAAUUUGCUGUGAAGUGUUUUAUUCGUUGUAUCUUGUAUUACAACACCGUCUGAUAUUUGUAGAAAGUCAGCGUGCAGUCCUAUUAUAUAUACAUAUAAGUACAUAUAUAAAUAUAUACAUACAAUGUGCGAAGUUCCCUUUGUCUGCUCUUGCUCAUUGCUGGCUAUUAAAUUCUGGAUUGAUGA